AUGACUACUAUUCCGUUUCGCACUCUUAAGGAGUGCUUGGAGUUUUUGCAGUGGUUGAUAAAUGAUAAACGAAAUGAUGUAAGAACCCGUCUGGCCGGUAGACUAAAACGGCUUAUCGAAGGGAAGUAUAAGAGCGUCAGUGCACAGCAAAUUGAAAAUGCGCUCUCCACCUUCCUAAAUCACGUGUCACACUUCCAUAAGAAGUUAUGCCGAACUGCAGGUCAGAGCAAAAUUAAGAGUAUCACAGGAAGAGACGCCCUCGAAGCUCUCCUUCAGUGUAUCCCCAAAUUACUUUCCGUCAUAUACUUUUUGCAAUAUCAUGUGGAUACAAGGUUUGCUAAAGUUGGCGGCGGGGAUUGGGCAGGGCAAAAUGUUGGAAUGGUUGCAAUGUACGCUAGAUUUCCUCCAGCGGUGGCUGCACGGUAUGCAUCUAGUGCCAGUAAAAUUGACACCUAUCUCAUUACGACAGUUGAUGGAAAUCAGUAUGGCGUCAUCCCUGGUGGAUUCGCUGCCGGUGAGUUAAAGGAAGUAGCCAGGGAUGGUUAUAAUCAGGGUUCUCUUAUGGUACCUGACCUUGUAAAUAUUUUCGACAAGGAACAUAUUCCCAAUAAUCUCUUCCGUGAUGUAUUCGUCACGUCAGUUGUGUUCAAAAAUUCUGCCGAUGAGAUAUCAAACGUCGCAAACGCUCUUCGGUUGGUGCAAGAUUUUUGUGGGAUAUUUGGAAACUCAAAGAAUGAACAAGAAUUUAAAAUGCAUUUGGAAGACAGGGGUAAAUGCAUAAAUUGGGAAGAAUUGAAACAACAAUGUGCCACACUGAAAACGUCUUUAGGCAAUAUUUUCACCUUAAACCGAUUUUCCUUUACCGGGUAUGGGCGGACAUAUGAAUUCCUCGACAAAACUAUUGAUAAAAGGAUGGCACAGUGGCUUAAAAAUAAUUUGGAAACAAUUAGAAGUAAAUUGAUAAGACUUCGAUCGCAGACAGAUUUUAAUAAGUUUGUUACCACGAAUCUCAUCCCCUAUGGAUUCACAUUUAAUGGCACCAACUUUAACACAAAAAUGAAGCCGAAGAUUGUGAUGCAACAAUGGGAUGCUAUAAUCGGUGAGCUCAAGCAAGCAAAUGAAGGUUUGCAGAAGUUGAGACAGAUUUUGGUUGGGAGCAUGUGUCCACAAAACAAACAAGAUAAAGAUGAAGACGAUGGUGAUGAAGAUGUAGAGUCUGAAGAUGAGUUCGGGGAUGAUGAUGAUGAUGAUGAUGAAGUGUAUGUAGAUGAAGAUUUGGAUGAUGAGGAUGCUGUACGUGUAUCCAAAACAGUGGAGCUACCGCCUACCAAGGUUCCUGAAAUUCCUAAGAAGCCAGUGACUGAAAAGCAAUCUGAAGGAACUUCAAACCAGGGCAAGAAAGCUGAGGGAGCACAGAACCAGGGCAAGAAAGCGGAGGGAGCGCAGAACCAGGGCAAGAAAGCGGAGGGAGCACAGAACCAGGGCAAGAAAGUGGAGGGAGCACAGAACCAGGGCAAGAAAGUGGAGGGAGCACAGAACCAGGGCAAGAAAGCUGAGGGAGCACAGAACCAGGGCAAGAAAGCUGAGGGAACGACAAAUCAACCGGGUGGUCAAAGUGACGGAAAUGGUUCAAGUGCAGGCACUCCUUCACCUGGUGACCCUGUUACCAGUAGUGGUCAGGAUCUGGGUGGUCAGGGGUAUGCUUCUGGCGCUGGUCAAACAAGGGGGCCAGACGAUCUGAGUGAUUCAGCUACUGCCAGUACAAAGGGACCCUCCGCUGCUGGUCCCAGUCAAGGUGGCGGUGGCAGUGAAGGGGAUGAGGGGCACAGCAGAAGUUCUCUUGCCCAGGAAAGACACAAAGAAAUCGAAGCGAAGUUUAGGCAACAAAAUGCUCGGAGAAACAACAAAGCUGCGGAAACUGACCAAUGGUUAAGAGAAGCAUUUGAUGCUGUCGAGAAAAGAAAGGCUGAGCAACAAAAAAGACUGAAUGCCCAACGUGAACUUCAAAAGUGGAAAACACUGCAGUAUUAUGAUCCGAAAGAAUCGACUAGGCCUCCACACUCUGCCAUACACGACGUUCCAGUUGCUCUCGAUGGUGAUAGCCUUUCCAACGAAUCCAAUGACCCUGGGAUUUCGUGGGAGCGGGCGCAUAAGGAUGCUUGGAAGUUGCCGGCAGAAUUGCUAAAGGCAAUAGAGAAACGAGAGAAAGAGAAAUUCAGAACCAAUCUUCAAGAGGCUAAGCGGGCUGUAUUUCAGCAGCAAAACGACAACUGGAUUGCUCGGGAGUUUCAUGGGGAUGAUAUAGGUGAAGUCGUGAGUCUGCCACCCGAGGUAGAAGUAUAUAGGCCGACCACACAGCAACAUGCUGAAAGAAAUGCACCAUCAUUAAUAAAUUUAGUUGUUGACACUCCUGAUAUGAAGGAUGUAGUGGACCACCAAAUGUGGCCUCAAACAGCUAUCCAAGACGAUUUUGACAUACGAUCGAGCCGUAAAAGUGCAUUCCCAACUGAGAUUACGGAACCUAUUCCGGGCGCGCAAAUUGGAAUGGAUCCUAUCUUAGAUCCGCCUGACGUUUUAGUAUCUCAUCCACCAAAGGUUAAUAAGACUAAUAUGGUUGCCGAAGACCUAUUCAGCGCCGUCUCAAGAUCGUUAUCUAUUGACGUCCCCAAACGCCCAUUCCAGGAUCGACUACAUGACGUGGAGUUAGAUGAUACUGAUGCCAACAUGGCAGAUGUACUGAGAAACGAAAUUAAGCAUCCAGAUGCUUGGUAUGGAUACGACAAAGGCUUUUCUGCUCUGCCUAAGAGUAAUUUCGAUCUUGGGUUGACUUCACCAUUGUUAACUCCCGACGGAAAUGGUACUGGACUUUCGCAUGAUCCUUCAGAUGGCGUGUCUGCUUCAGGCUCUGACCAACAACGUAGUUCAGGCUCCGCUGGUUCCACAUCCACAUCUAAGGCUUCUGGUUUAGGCGUUGGUGAAGGUGGACGGGUUGGUGAGGGUGAUGAAAAUGGUCGGCAUCAUGUUAAGACUAUGGCAAUUAUUCCGCCAGAGAAAAUUUGUGUUCAGCCAACUCUUGAGAAUCUUUGGAAGCUUAGCGGCAAGGAUGGUAUACAAUUCUGUGAUCCAAUAAAUAAACUGCCGCCUCGUACUCAAGUGUUUAACCGGAGGCCUCCCGAUGAAAUAUGGAGUGAGCAUAUACAAAAAGAGGAAAAGAAGCAGCAAAUGGCCGAGGAUCAAUAUAAAGCGCAUGGUUCAACUCUAAUACUAGAUGGUUCCCAGCCUACGGACGACGUUGAUGCGCAUCAGGAGCCAUGGUGGUAUUCUGAUCCGGCAUACUCCGAAAUUAACGGUAAGACAGUUGAUGAUGAUAUCCAAGAGCAAUUGAAAAAUGAGCAGGAAGCCGAGAAGCUGUAUUGGGAAACCAAACAGAAAAUGUUGGGCGAUCACAUUGACCAACGAAAUAGACUGAGAGAACGUCAGAAGCAAGAUACUCUCGAAAUUGAAGAAUAUAGGAUUCAUGAGGAGAACAAGGUGAAUCAAGUAUUGCAAAAUAUCCAAAAAGAGGCAGAGGAGAAUGAAUCCAUAGCAAAAGGUUUAGACGGUCAACCGGUUGUUGCCCUAGAUGGGCAAGAAGAGCCACAUUACGAUUAUGCGAAGAUAAAGAAUGAUGUAGAUAUUCAUUCUGCGCAUCAGAUACUUCAACAUGAUUAUGAUCAGCGGCAACUUAAGCUCCAAACGCUGCAUGAAGAAUCAAUGAAGACCAUUGCAGAGCAAAAAGAGAUUGAGGAUGCUGCGAAAGUUGAAGCGGAACGCAUCCAUGCUUUCAAUUCUUCGAAGUUUGGCAUUUCUCGAGCCCCUACACCCCGUGUCAAAGACCCCGAAAUCGAUUUUUCCAUCCAAACCUUUCAUUACGAAGAUCGCACUAUUAACGACGUGGACCUAGAUGACCCUUAUGCCAACACAGCUGAUAUCCUUGAAGACGAGUUAAAACCUGCAGAGGACAAAGGCUUCUCAGGCCUGCCUAACACUAAUUUCGAUCUGAACUUUGCGCCUGAACGUAUCGGACUUGAAGGCUAUGAAGAUCCCGGGAUGCCGCGUGACUCUCCAAGGAAGGCAGAUGAACGUGUAAUAAACCCAUUUAGCACAGAUGAAUGCCUGAACCCCUGGUCCGUUUCCACUUCCACUUCCUCCACCGAUACCGUUCAACCACCUACCUCCCCUCCCCCAGCUACCGACCAUCUGCCCCCGCCCAAAACCGUCCGGGAAAUGCUCCACUGGUUUGUGGGAUUGAAUACACAAGGGUAUAUCGGAUUGAUUAGUGAGCAUGUCAAGAGCAUUUUACAGGACAUUAACAAAGAUGCCUCCGAGUUCUCAGAUGCGUUGGAGGUCACCGGGGAUCCCGACCAGUUGACCGCCUCCAUGGUCACCGCCAAACUGACCGAGGCGUGCCUCUACUCAGCCACCGUUAUCUACAAAAUUAGGCAUAACAAUGAUUUCAAAGCGUUUUCAACCUUCGACUUCAAAAAAGAAUAUAGUCAGCUUCAUUAUGCUGCUGACCCCGCAUGCCUCCUCUGCCAGCUACGUGACUACAUCUACGCCUGCCACCACCAGUUGAUGUUCCUCAAGGCGCAGUGUAAUCGAGGAAAGUCUCAUGGUGGUUGGCAAAAUUGUAAGUACGGCAGUGACACCAAGACGCCAUCCCCCCUCCAGUCGUUCCUGACUGACGGCUGGGACUCCGACUUCGAGACGCACCCCUUCGACCCGUGCAACCUGUGCCGCAAGAGCCGCGUAAGAAUGGGAUUCAGGAAGGAUGAUUUACCUGAGAUAUCGCAACAGGGCAGUGUCAUUUCCUCCAUCCUCACUCCCAGCUGCGGCGGCAGUGACCCCUUGCUGACAUUGGCCUCCUACCUCAACUGCCUCACCAGGCGGACGCCGCGCACCACCGGGGAGCUUGUAUCGUACUUUCAUCAUUUCGGCAUCGAGUUGCACGGGUAUGCUUCAAAGUCAUUGUCUCCACUAGGAAACUCACUCCGCACUCCGCAUCUCGACUGCCCUGACUGGGACCAUCUUGGUCGCCACGACCUCCAAGCUGUCAGUGGCGUCCGAGGUACAGAGUCUCUCAACUCCGUCUCCAAUCACAACCACGACAAUGCACAUCCCCGUACCCUGUCCACACUGGUUGGCUGCGGUAGUGACCCUGACAGCUGCCAUCCACGUAUGUCUCCCAUCACCUACCGGGCCUACGCCCUGUACUCCCAGAGCUUCGCCCACACCUACCUCAGCUGGACGGUGUACCUGCCGGACAGACUGUGGGAGUCACUUGAAAAAAUGUACUAUGAUCUAAAGAAGCAUAAUUGCUUCGAUGGCAAAUCCCUCCACUCAUGUCCCGUUGCGCUGCCCCUCCUCUACACUCACGGGUUCACGCCGCCGGAGGUGGGAUCGCAGUUGCCACUCACAUGUCAACAGAUUAUCGCAAAGCUGAAGGAAAUUGUCAACGGCAAGCCUAUCGCAUCACUCAUGACUGCCAUGGACAAUUUCCUCUACAACAUCCGAGAGCCAUUCAUCUUCACGCUCGUCGCACUGUGGUCCACAGCAUUACUCAUCUUCGCCAACACGAUGCUGUACCGCAUCGACAUACUCCACAUCCGAUCACACCUUAUCCGCACCAAGGCCUCCCAUCUCAUCGACGUCAAGGCGCUGCUCUCCGACAAUAAGAAGAUGAUGUCCCUGUACGACGCCAAUUACUUCGACGACGACCCCAACGAGCUACUCAACUUAAAGUAG